UCGUCUUUCGAGCAGGAUUUUGUAUUCGGCUAGGGUUACAAAGGCCCUCGUUGAAUAAGAAAUUUGGAAACGCACGGGCAGCGUCGAGGGGGCUUUUGUGUUGAGCGUCGGGGACCCCAGGCGAGGAGCGGAGCACGUUAAAAUAUUUAUAAAUUAAAAAGCGCACUGGCUGGCGUACGCGAGAGAGAUGAGAGAGAGGAAAAGAGAGAGAUGCUGUUUGACGGCAAGGGCGCGCGCGUGUGAUCGAUCUCGGGGGCCGCGAGAGAGGCUGCGCGGACCGAGGAGGCGGCCUCCGCCACAUUAAAAAUCUUUUGCUGGUCAGCGGCCGUCAGCAUCCAGUGCGACGGGAGAUGUCGAAGUGGACACUGUAGGCAUGGCCGAGCAUCGCGACAAGGCCCAGCAGAGCCUCCUGAGCAACGGCUUUUUGCCCGCAGCCGCCCCCGCCGCCUCCGCCGAAGACACCCUCGCGCCCACCGAGCUUCUGAUGCUGCGGCAGGAGGAAGGCUCCACCUCGGUGGUGGUCAUCCAUUCCCGGCAGCCCAGCCUCCAGCCCCCAAACCCCCGCAAAAGCUGCCCGCUCUCGUUGGUGGCCGCGUCCAUACUUUUGGCCUGCUUGGCCACCUUUUCCAUCACCAUGCUGCUCCUGCUGAGGCUGCCCGCCCGCACUCUCGACACCUCCGAUAUCUGCCUCAGUGAAGAGUGUGUCAGGACAGCGGCGUCUUUGCUAUCAGCAAUUGACUCAACGGCAGAUCCGUGUCAAAACUUCUUUCAAUAUGCCUGUGGCUCGUGGAAUAAGAAGCAUGUUAUUCCAGAAGACCGCAGCUCAGUCAGCACAUUUGAAGUGAUGGCUGACCAGCUUCAGGUCGUCCUUAAAGGUCUUUUAGAGGAGCCUCUCAAUGAGCACGACAAUGACGCAACCAAGAAGGCGAAGCUAUUUUACAAGUCAUGCAUGGACAUUCCAAAAAUAAGAAAACUGGGUGACAAGCCCCUUCGUCAGGCAAUGACCACAUUGGGAGGAUGGCCGGUGGCCUCGGACAAUUGGAAACCACCAGCGUUUUCAAUUGAAGCUUUGCUGGGGCGGCUGCGAGGCGAGUACAAUGAGAGGGUGCUCAUCGAGCAAUGGGUUGGACCUGACGAUAAAAACUCGUCAGUGAACAUCCUGCAGCUGGAUCAAAUGGAGCUAGCUUUACCUGGCCGUGAUUACUACUUGAAGAAGAGUUCCGAAAAUGAAAUUAAGGCAUACCAUAAAUAUAUGAUUGAGGUGGCUCAACUUUUGGGAGCAAAAACGGAAACUGCCUCAGACGAGCUGUUGAAAGUGUUGCAGUUGGAAAGGCGGCUUGCAAAUGCGUCUCUGCCAGAAGCAGAUAGGCACGACACAAGCAACAUAUAUCGCAAACUGACGCUUAAGCAGCUGCAAAUUGAGGUACCGCAGGUCAACUGGCUCGAAUACUUGAACGCCUUUCUUCACACCAAGGUAAAAGAAGACGAGCCUGUCGUGACCUACGCGCUGCCCUAUUUCAAGGAAAUGGGACGCAUUCUGCAAGACACAGACCGGCGGGUCAUCCACAAUUAUAUUAUGUGGCGCAUGGUCAUGAACAUCAUGCCUCACAUGAUCGACGAUUACCAACAAAAAAGGGUCGAGUUUCGCAAAAUUCUUCUUGGCAUUUUGGCGGAGCGAAAUCGGUGGAGCCAAUGCGUCGACUGGACCAACAAGAAAAUGGGCAUGGCCGUUGGAGCCCUGUUCAUCAGGGACAACUUCAAUCUGGAGAGCAAGGAAACGGCCCUUGAAAUGAUUCACACGAUUAGAGAAGCGUUUAACGAGCUAUUAGCUGAAAAUGAUUGGAUGGAUAACGAAACCCGAGCGGUGGCCAAGGAAAAGGCUGAUCAGAUGAAUGAGCGAAUUGGCUAUCCUGAACUUCUGACCGACCCCAAAGAGCUCAGCAAUGAGUAUGCAAUGCUUAACAUCACAGAGCACGAGUUCCUUGAAAAUAUUUUUGGUGUGCUACGCUACGACGCCUAUCACAAUUUGCAAAAGCUGCGACAGCCAGUCAACAAGGACAAGUGGUCCACCGACCCUGCCGUUGUCAACGCGUUUUACAACCCUAAUAAAAAUGACAUUGUUUUUCCUGCUGGAAUUCUGCAGCCUCUUUUCUACAGUCAACACUUUCCAAAAUCCCUAAACUAUGGGGGGAUUGGGGUGGUGAUUGGCCACGAGAUAACCCAUGGCUUCGAUGAUAAAGGUCGCCAAUUUGACAAGGAUGGGAAUCUAAUGCAGUGGUGGAACAACGCCACCAUCAAAGCCUUCCGCGAGCGGGCCCAAUGCAUCAUUGAUCAGUAUUCAAAAUACAAGUUAGAUGACAUUGACCAUUUUGUCAAUGGAAGAAUGACCCAAGGCGAGAAUAUUGCUGAUAAUGGGGGUCUGAAGCAAUCAUACAGGGCCUACAAAAAGUGGGUGGCCAAGUACGGCGAGGAGCCGCGUUUGCCCGGAAUCUCUCUAACGCACGAUCAGCUCUUUUUCCUCAACUAUGCACAAAUUUGGUGCGGCCUGAUGCGCCCCGAGGAUGCCCUCACCAAGAUACGAUCUUCAGUCCACUCGCCCGGGCCAAUUAGGGUGCUCGGGCCACUCUCUAAUUCUAACGACUUCUCCAAGGCCUUUAACUGUCCCCUCGGAUCGCCAAUGAAUCCUGUUAGGAAAUGUUCGGUAUGGUAAAAGCAAAUCGCCAGUCCCACUUAACGCACAAAUCGCACUUUACCUGACCUGGACUAUAUUAUAUUGUGUAAGACUUGAAUAAUAUCAAAAUUUAUGGCGCAUUAAAAUAUUGAAACCGGAAAUCCCACUAACCAUUAUAUACUUAAAUAAAUUACGCAAAUUACUAGCAUUUUAAUAAUCUUGCAUGCAGAUUUUAGAGGCAACUUUUCGCUCUGAUCCUAAUGACAUACAAGAAGUGCUCCUUCAGGGAGAUGAACCCCUUUCAUGUGAUUUCUUGUGAAUUUAAAAUAUCAAAAUAUUACAAAGAUGUAUAAUAUAAGAAAAUGGCUUUUUGUAUUAUUCUGCUUACAUUUUCUAGUGUCUUCUGUUUAAGCUUACACACAUCUUAAAACAUUAAAAAUUGAGGUAUACAUAGCAAAUAUGCGCAAGUUAGAAAUUGAUAAAAGAAUUUCUUGAUUUAUGUAAGAAAUAUCCAAACGGUAUACUACAAUUUUAGAGAGCAAAAGAAACAGUCAGUACAAGAUUUUUAAGUUAUUAAUUUCAAACUGCAUCUUACUGAUUUUGACUGCAUCUGGAAUACCUCAGCUAACACGCAGCCAUAGCACAAUUUGUUUUCAAUUUAUUAUUUAUUUGCAAAAGCUCGUGUUUAAAUGGCGAUACAUAAAAUAGUUGAAUAAUAAUAAAUAAACAGAUAAAAAAACUUAGUGAAUAUUUAAAUUUUUUAAUAUUUAAAUAUUAUAAUAAACUUCGGCCGCUUUUGAAAAACUGGCAUUUCUAUUAAUGUAAUUACACGAUGUAUAAUUAGUAUCUCAUUAGGUGAAGAUUAUAAUUUAGCGCUGGUAAUAUGCAUUCCAGAAAUAUUUAAAAAAAAAUACUUCUGUAUUAAAUUUAUAACAAUUUAAUUUUUAGUUUUAAAAAUCCAAAAGCAAAUGUAUACUGAAUAAUGGACAGAAAACCUUUAAAUGUGAGACUAUAAUAUCAAAACGCAAACUAAUUUUUAGAAAGCUUUUUUUAGUCAUAUUUAAACUUAAUGGUAGCAUUAAAAUACAGCUGCUUUUGUAUAAUUAUUUUAUAUUAUGUUCAUAUGCACGUUUGUAGCAUUUCAUUGCUGUAUUUUGUGCGUGUUUUUUUUAAUAAAGAUUAACAAUUGUUUCCUAAAAAUAGCUUCAAGAAGAGCAACAUGUGAAUAUAACUUUC